UUCAUUUCCCCUCUCUUCAUCCCUCAGGAGGACAAGCCACUUUAAUUGGAAGAAUCACAAAUUGCUGUGUUGAAUCGAACCCGUAUAAUCAUUUGUAGGAACAGAAUCUGAAUACUGGGAAAGCACACCUUGGGAGAGCUAUUGAUCCCUGAGAACCCAGGAGGACUAGCAUCUUGGGAUGAACACCCGCUAUUAUCCAACCUAUGCCUGUGGACAUCUGAUAGAAAGACAUGCUGGAAUCAUCCAUAUUUUGCAGAGAAGACCAUCCCUGUGAGGCACAAUGGCUUAUCUAAGGUCCAAACGAGAACGCUCCAGAGGACAUGGUGCAGGAGCUGAAUGUUGACAUCCCCUGCUCUCCUUCCUCGAAGGACAAGAAGCCGCACAGGGCCAACGGAGUCUGGCGCUGGCUCAGGGGGAAAAAUGGUUCAACGAGGAAAAGGAAUAAGACCUCGAUACUAUGGAACACUCGGGCCAGUUCCUUGGAGGCCGGAAUUGAUUACCUGGUGACUGCCGUCAUAAAACAAGAUCUAAACUAUGUUCAUAUGUUUCUGGAAAUAUACCGCACAUUUGCUACCACCCAGGAGGUGCUGGCACUCCUCUUUGCAAGAUUCGGAUGUGUUUACUCCACGGAUGACGAGGUCGGCGGGCCCCAGGAGCAGCACAACAUGGCCGUCUAUGCCAUCCUGGAUACGUGGGUGGAAAGGUAUCCAGGGGAUUUUGUGCAGCCUCCGGACUUUCCCAGCUUGCACGCGCUGCUGGCCUACCUGCAGGUCAAUGUGCCGGGCUCGGACCUGCAGCGCCGUGCCCAGCUUCUGUUGCCAGAAAGGCAGCGCGCUGAGACCACAGAGCCAGAGGCUGGGGGUGAGGAGGUCUGGGGGUGACUGAU